AUGACAUAUGGGGAAACUUAUGUAAAGAAUCGUCCUUUUAUCAAUGACAACUUACUUCGAAUUCAAACCGUAAUUGUACAAGUUUUGCCUGAGAGAGUAAAAGGGUAUAUGCCUCUUAGAAAGGAAGAAACACCAGUCGAUACUCCCAUCAAGACACCUGAUGAACUCCUCGAUACAGAUAUGCAAAACUCCGAUAUUGACGUACUGAAACAGACAACGUUGGAAGAUGUAACCUCUACAGUGAAGCAGGGUAGUAUUUUGUACACAUCGGUUGAAGAAAGCGAAAGUAAUAUUGAGACCAGUGAAAUUCGUGAAAUAACGUCAGAUAGCACUGGCCUUGAAGCUAGCGAUGACGAAGUUUAA